AGCACCAUGAGUGGGCAAGUGUGCGCCAACGGCCUGAGAGGGCUGGCUAGAGUUGCUCGCAGCACCAGACAGCACCCUUGUCGUUCAUGGAUUGCGGAAGCACAGAACGUCAACCGAGUCAAGUUCCAAGCGCAAUCGCAACGAUGCAUGGGAUCUUGGAGCGACCGCCGGGUUAGAGGCCAAUGGGGAGCACACCAGAUCAAGAAACGAAGCUAUGCAACUUCGAACUCGACCGUCUCCAUGGCCGACUAUAGAAAGACUAUCAUCGAAUCGCUACAAGAUCUGCAUGACAUGCUGGCAAACUACAAUCCGCCCGCCGUUCAGGAGCCAUCGAUAGCAUCUCUGCAGCCCAAGAAGAAAGGCUUUCUCUCGGCAAUUUUCGGUGGCGGUCAGAAGACACAAUCCGGUUCGGAAAUGCCCAAUGACUUGCCUAAAGGCUUGUACAUGUACGGCGACGUUGGCAGCGGCAAGACCAUGAUGAUGGACCUUUUCUACGACACAUUACCUGAGAGCAUUCAGAGGGCUACGCGCAUCCACUUCCACAACUUCAUGCAAGAGGUACACCGAGAUCUGCACAAGGUCAAGAUGCAACACGGCCAGGAUAUCGAUGCCAUUCCUUUCGUGGCCGCUCAUAUCGCCAAGCGCAGCAGCGUGCUCUGCUUUGACGAGUUCCAGUGCACCGAUGUGGCAGAUGCCAUGAUUCUACGAAGACUGGUCGAAUCUCUAAUGCGGCACGGCACCGUUAUUGUGACUACCAGUAAUCGCCAUCCCACGGAGCUCUACAAGAACGGCGUGCAGCGCGAGUCUUUUAUCCCCUGUAUCAACCUUCUCCAGCGUCAAUUGCGUGUUUUGAAUCUCGAUUCGCCCACCGACUACCGCAAGGUACCUCGCCCUGCGUCUGGCGUAUACCAUCACCCGCUAAACAAGGCUGCGAGUACACACAUCACUCAUUGGUUCAAAUACCUGGGCGACUUCGAGAAUGACCCGCCACACACAGCCGAACAUUAUGUUUGGGGACGCCCUAUCCAGGUGCCUCAGGCGAGUGGAAAGGCCGCACACUUUGAUUUUGACGAAUUAAUUGGUCGUGCCACUGGCGCUGCUGACUACAUCGAGCUGAUGCGCAAUUACGAUGCUUUCAUCGUGAGCAAUGUGCCGCAGAUGGAUCACCGCAGUCGCGACCGAGCCCGCCGCUUCAUCACGUUCAUUGAUGCUGUUUACGAAUCACAUGCCAAACUUGUUCUCACCACUGCUGUACCGUUGACCGAGCUGUUCCUCUCUCGCGAAGAAGUCGACGCAGCGAUGAAACAAGCGGCAGCCAAGGGUGAUAACACUGCACAGACCGCACUGAACGAAGGAUCAGAUGUCGACGACGUGAUGCGCCAGAUGAUGGAUGAUCUCGGCAUGAACAUGAACAUGCUCAAGAAGAGCAACUUCUUCUCUGGCGAUGAGGAAGCUUUCGCGUUUGCCCGUGCACUAUCACGUCUAUCUGAGAUGGGCUCGCAGAUGUGGGUGGAACGUGGCAUGGGUCUCGAGAGUAAGGGAGGCAAGAAAGAAAAGGAUGACUUUGCCAAAGUCAGGAGCAGAUGGAAGGAGGAUAGCAUGUAA